GUCAAUUGACAUCUUUGUGAACGACACCUGUCAUUUAUAUUUUCUAAACAUUUUAAUAGUUUUUAAACUUUUCGUUGUUUAAAAAAAUUCUGUCAAAAAGCAGUUUUUGAUUCCAUUUAUAAAAAAAAAAAAACAGAUUAUUCAGCAAAACUCUUCCUCCAUUACCUCCACCCUCCCACGAUUUCUAUUUUCUUUUGCAUAUAAAUAAACUUAUACUUCCAAUAACUCGAGGAAAGCUGUUUCAAGUAAUUUCAAAAAAUCUCAAACACAACAUCAACUCAAACUAAAAAAGUUCAGCGUUCUAUAAAUUUAAGUUUGUUUAAUCAAAGGUCAAGGAAAAUUACAGUACUGCCAGAUAAAAUGUGCAAAAAAUUCAGGCUUAAGAAGUUUUUGACAGAUCAAACUAGAGUUCCAUUAAAACACUAGAAUGAACCUAUUUAUCCAGGUUAAUGUGAGGUACAUGUUUCUUUUUUUGACAGAAACUAAGUAAAAGCACAUGUGUUAUCCAUUAUAAAUCUGCAAGUUUUUACAGAUGUAGUCGUCUAUAUAAAUCUAGAAUUUGAUGUAAUUUUUCUAUUUUCAAUUUGACAAUCAUUUUGCUCCUGCAUAGCAGGGGCCAUAAUACUCAUUUGUAUAUAAAUUUCAAUGAACCAAAUUGUGUUUUGUUUUUUUUUUUGUUUUUGUUUUCCCUCUUUAUUGUUUAGUCUUCUUCUUAAAUUUACUUUUUGGGUUUGGAGUGUAGCAAAAGAAAUCGAAUGCAGGUUUAUUCCUUUCAUCCAGAUUAAAUAUUUUCUUCUUCUCAGUUUGAUAAUAUUUUUCUCGCAUGAUUCAUUUUGCAGAUGCCAGUUGAGUUUCUUCUAUUUCAAAGCUUUGUUCGUCAGAAAAGAAAGGAAAAUCAAAGCAUUGUCAACAACCUAGGUAAUGAUAAGUAUAAAUGAUUCUACUAUAUAUAUAAAGUAUAUUUAGGUAUAUUGUUCUUUUAUUUUUCUUUGAAAAAGGAAUAAUUAUUUACAAACCUGAGUUUUUUUCAUUUGUUUUUUUUUUAGAAAACCAAACCUUAACUCGAUUUAAAAUGAGUGUGAGCAUUUUGACACUUUUCUUUCAGUUACCUUUGGAAAAUUUUGAGUGUUUUACAGCUUUUUCAGUGAAUUUUUUGGUCUAUCUUACCAUUGAAAAAUGUGAAGAUGGUAUAUAGGUGCUCAACAUAUUGGUAUUAUAGCUUCCUGUAGAAGAAAGAAGUUUAUCAGAGUAUGGAUGAUGAGUCUAAUUAGUUCAAUAACAUGUACAUAGCAAAGGUAAUAAAAAUCAAUUCUGUCUAUUUGAUUCUGCUUCGUUCCAUAAAAAAAAUGUUAAAUAGUUAAUGAAUCUAUCGUAAAGAUAUGAAACUAAUCAAAUUUGUUUUGUUUUUGGCAACCAAAUUUAUCAUAUCAUAUAUAAAUAUAAAAAUAAAAAAAUUUAGAAAGUGCAUAUAUUAUGGUUUAUGCAAGAUCGUUUGUCAUUAUCUAAAUAAAAAGUUCAUAAUAUUUUAAUAAGAAGUUUAAUUUCUUUUUAUGGCAUGUGGAAGCUAAAAUAUUCUUCAAUUUUUUUUUUUUUUGUUCCUAACUAUUGAUAUCUAUUUUCAGAGUUGAUAUUAUUCUAAACAAAUUUGAAGGAUAAAUAUUUUCAAAUUUAAAAUAAAAUGUAUUAAGCAUAGUAAUGCCCAUGCAUAGCAUGGGCCAUAAUCCUAGUUUGAUCAUAAUUCAGUAAAUCGUUAAAGCCGUAUCUAUAUUUACCAUAGAUUACAAUUAAGGGGAAAAUCAGAUAAGAAAAAGAGAAAAAGAAAAUAGCUGCGCUGUACAAGUCGUGAACUAGCUGCUAUAAACUCUCUCCCGAAUCCCACUACACUUUGCCCUUUUUCAACUCUCUCUCUCUCUCUCUCUCUCUCUCUCCUAUGGAACCACCGCCUCCUUCUCUCUCCUCCACCGUCGUUCCCGCAGCCACCUCUUCUAUACCUCCUCCUCCUCCUCCUCACGUGCCAUCAUCUUACCCCGAGUCUCUAGACUCCUCCCCUAAGUCCCGCACCACCGAUGCCUGGGACGAUCUUCCUCCUCCCGCUGGCGGCGCCUCUUCCAAACUCCGUCUCAUGUGCAGUUACAACGGCCACAUCCUUCCCCGCCCGCACGACAAGUCGCUCUGUUACAUGGGCGGCGACACUCGCAUCAUUGCCCUCGACCGCACCUCCUCCCUCUCUUCUCUCAUCACUCGUCUCUCCAACACGCUACUCAACGGCCGCUCCUUCACGCUCAAGUACCAGUUACCCAGCGAAGAUCUUGAUUCUCUAAUCUCCGUCACCACCGACGAGGAUCUCGAUAACAUGAUCGAGGAGUAUGACCGUACGAUCAGUUCCGCAAAGCCUUCGCGUCUGCGUUUGUUUCUCUUCACGGCGAAGCCUGAAGCUACUCAAUCGAUGGGUCAGAUUCUAGAGAGUUCGGCUAAGAGUGACGAUUGGUUCCUCAACGCUCUCAAUAGAGGUUCCGAUGUCAAUCGUUUACUUGGCUUGGACGAUGCCGGAGACAAAGAUGACGAUUGUAAACAUCAGCAGCAGAAGCAACAGAUUCAACAGCCUCCGCCUCCGCCUCCGCCUCCGCAGCAAGGAGGUCAAGAUGUGCAUAACUUGCCGGACUCUCCGAUGCUGGAUACAUCCUCCUCGUUUGGAUCAACUUCUUCCUCUCCCUCGCUCGCGAAUCUACCUCCGAUUCGUGUCCAUGUAGAGGAAGCUAAGGGGAUGCAGGAUCAGAGGCUUGGAAUCGAAGAACAGUUCGCACGAUUCAACGUCGGGAAUAAGCUUCAAGACGACGGAUUCGCAGCGAUCUCGUCUCCACCGCCGAUGCCUGUGACUAUCACUCUUCCUGCUGCUCCGGUGAAUGCUACAACCGUCUCAAGUGAGGUCUUCUCCGACGACGGUGCUCCGGCUGGAUACAGAAAGCCUCCGACUCCACGUUCACAGCCUACUCAUCAGGUGAAAUCGAACAGCGGUGGACACGAGAUGCCGUCACCCGAUUCUGUUUCCAGUGAUAGCAGCAUGAACAAUUCUGUGUUUCAUCAAAGACCUUCUGUUUACCAAGAGCCUGUUUCUCAGAUGCCUUCUUGUUCUUCCACUGUAGUUACUGGUCUGAUUAAUCCCUCCGAUCCAAACACACUCUUAUCUCAUAAUCAAAAUCAGAAUCGGAAUCAGGACUCGGGCUACAUCCUUCACCCUCAACAGCAACAGUUCAUACACGCACCUCAGUACCUUCAUCACCAUCCCUCUACUGGCCUUCCUGUCCAAAGUUACAUCCAGGUUUACCCUUCCCAGCCUCAGCAGUCCUUCCACAUGCACCCUAGUCAACUAGAUCACCAGCCUUACCCCUUUUAUUAUGCCACUGCUCCAGUCCCACCUAAGCCUUACAAUAUUCCUCUCACCCAAUCUGGCAGUGUGAGUGAUUCUCUAGGGUCUCUCCCUUCUAGCCAUCCCCAGACGCUGCCUAAUUCCACCAUGAUGGCUCCACCACCUAACAAUCAUUUGAGAAAUACUCCGCAAGCUACGGGUGGUGCUCAGAUUGUUCACCAGGUACCACCUAUAAGUCAGCAGCAAUUCAUGGGGUAUUCUCAGAUUCAUCACCCACCCCAGUCUGGUUCAGCUGGGAUUCCCAACUAUGGAUAUGAAUAUGUGGAAAAUGCGCCUAAGCAGGUAUACUACACGCAACAGAUGGGUCACGCACAGUAUCAGACAAUGACCGGGCCUCCACCUGCCAUGGUGUUGCCUGAUGGCUCUCCUGUUGCUGCUAAGCUUCCAGCUGAGAACAUGACUCAACAGAUCCAGAGUUCACACCCAUUGUGACACACAAGGAAGAUGGAUAACAAUUUUGGAUGAAGGAACUCGGGUUGGUUUCGGAACAUAUAAAUGUAUAUCUUUUUUUUUCUCUCUUAUUUUCUAAGUUGCUGCACUAUCAAGUGUCUAGUUUCAUGUUUGUUUAUGGACUAUGUCAAAAUGUGUUGUGUGAGUAAGUAUAAGGUAGUAGUGUUGCUUCUUUGUAAUUUACAUUAUAGUUACGAUGGAUACUGGUUUCCUGGAUCUUAUAUCAUAUUAUUGUCAUUCC